AUGAUGAUGACGUGCCGUCUGCUGUGCGCCCUGUUGGUGCUUGCCCUGUGCUGCUGCCCGUCCGUGUGCGUGUCAGGGACUGAGAAUGGGCCUAAAGCCGCUCCCGUUCCACCGCCCGCUCCACCGCCUCCUCCGCCAGAGCCAACACCCCCGACGGCCGGUCAGUUAGGGUCGUCAAGUUUGGAGCCCGUUGGAAAGCCGGGAAAUGAUGGCGGAGAGGGACCAGGAUCUUCCAGUACGGCAGGUGUGGGACCAAAAGUAAGUACCGAGGCAAAUACAUCACUGUCAGAGGGUAUGAAAGAGCAACAAAGUCGCACCGAAACAUCCGCAGAAGAAAAAAAUAAGGAGUCUGAAACUUCUGCUCAGACAACCACCACGACGACUACAACAAAACCACCAACUACAACCACCACGACCACGACAAAGGCGCCAAACACCACGACCACCACAACACAGGCACCAAGCACUACGACUACAGAGGCGCCAGCUGUAUCGACCACCCGCGCACCGUCACGUCUUCGCGGAAUCGACAGCAGCCUCAGCAGCUCUGCGUGGGUGUGUGCCCCGCUGGUGCUCGCCGCAUCCGCGCUGGCGUACACCACUCUGGGCUGA